GUUGACAUAACCACUUCUCGAGAUUCAUUGUGCAUUCCGUGUCCUCAAAUCCAUAUUGAACCUUAUUUAUAUGUUCCUCGAGCUAUUUUGCAACCACACAGCUAUCGAUCCGGAGCCAGCAAUUGCGAUUGCAUGCGUUGCAGCAACUCAUAAUACCCCGCCGUUCAACUUUGAGACCCUCUCACCUCACCUCACCUCACCUCACCAUCGACAACCAAACUGAGCGGAACCGCCACCGAGCGUGCGCAAAGACACACAUGGAGGCCGAAAUGUCAUCCGCCACCAAGGAGAUCCUCGGCCGCGUGCGGCAGCUGGUGCCGCCCAUGCUGGACAAGUUCCACAAGGGGCAGCAGGGCCGCAUCGCCGUCAUCGGCGGUAGCGAGGACUACACGGGCGCGCCGUACUUCUCGGCCAUGGCCAGCGCGAGGCUGGGGUGUGACAUGUCCCACGUGAUCUGCACCCCGGGCGCGGCAGCCGUGAUCAAGACCUACUCGCCCAACCUGAUGGUGCACCCCCUGAUGCGGCAGAGCCCCAGCCAGGGGUCCUCGGACCAGUCGGCGUCGAGCGAGCCCGCCGACAAGGUAGCCUCGCGCAUCAUCGACAUGCUCCCCCGGAUCCACGUGCUGGUCAUCGGCCCGGGGAUGGGCCGCGACCCGCUGAUGCAGGACACCGUCGCCCAGGUGGUCGCGGCCGCGCGGGGGCGGGACGUCCCCGUCGUCCUGGACGCCGACGCGCUGCAGGUCGUCAUGAGGGACCCGGGCCUCGUGAGGGGGUGGAGGCUCGCGGUGCUGACGCCUAACGUCGUCGAGUUCGGGCGGCUGUGCAAGGCGCUCGGGGUCGAAGAGAGGGUGAAGGAGGCUGCUGAAAAGGCUGGCGGUGGCGGGGACGACAAGAAGGAGACUGCGCGGGUCGAGGAGCUUGCGCGGGCGCUGGGCGGGGUCACGGUUGUGCAGAAGGGAUUUCAUGAUUUUAUUAGUGAUGGGGAGACGACUGUUACUGUUGACGUGCAGGGUGGCAAGAAGAGGAGCGGCGGGCAGGGUGAUACCCUGACGGGGAGCAUUGCUACGUUCCUGGGCUGGAGGACGGCGUAUAAGGAGGGUCUUUGGGACCAUGGCAACAAGCUGCCUGAGAAGGAGCUCGUGCAGCUGGCUGCAUUUGGUGGUGCUGCUGUUACGAGGGAGUGCUCCAGGCUCGCCUUUGAAAAGAAGGGGCGCAGUCUCCAGGCUAGCGACCUGACGGAUGAGGUUCACACGGCCUUCCUCAACAUCUUUGGCGAGGAUGAGCAGGAAUCGGGCGGAUCGAAGCUGUAGAAAGGUAAGGAGUGGCUAGCAUCUAACAAGACAACCAGCCUUGGAACCUGUGUGUUACGAGACACGACAAUGUGGAGACGUAUAGACUGUGUGCCGUUGUUGAUAACGUGGACAUUGAGCACCACGAGUGACGUGACCAACGCCGGAGCGAAACGCGCGCGCGAGUUUCGUGGGUCUGAAUGCCUAGAGUUUGCUCUAAGCCUAGGUAGUGUAGAGAUGUAUAAAUGGAUGGGCAAGGCAGCAUGUCUUGGAGUUGCCUCGGUCAG